AUGCAGCGCUCCGGGCCAUCCCUUCGGCGGCUCCUCCUGGCAACUCCCGGAAACCCCGCCUUUCUGGCGGGAUGGCGGCGGACUUGGGCCAGAGGCGGUGGGCAAAGAUCUUCUGCACCCGCAACAGGACCAGCCUUCCGGUGGAGAAGUGAGGCCGGCUGGCGCCGAGCGUUGCAGAUGCUUCAGGAGCUCCAGGCUGAUGGGUACGAUGCUAGCCGCAUGGACUGGAGCUGGUGGACAGAGAACAUCCAAAGUUCCAAUUCCAAAAUCGAUGUGACCUGCCAAAAAUGCGGGCAUCGCUCUCGCGGCACGAAGUUGCAGAGCCUGCAAAGUGGCCAGUCACCUGGAUGCUUUUGCAACGGACGCGUGCGCUGGUCCAGCCGGGAGGGGCAUGCCCGCUGUCUGGCGUUGCUGAGGGAUCGCUUUGGCGAGAGGUACGAUGCCAGCCGCAUGGACUGGAGCUGGUGGCAAAAGAACAUCAAGAAUCAGCGUUCCAAAAUCGACGUGACCUGCCAAGAAUGCGGGCAUCCCUCUCGGACCACAUGGUUGACGAGCCUGCAAAUUGGCCAGCCGCCUGGAUGCCUUUGCAACGGUGGCGUGCGCUGGUCCAGCCGGGAAGGGCGUGCCCGCUGUCUGGAGUUGCUGAAGGAUCGCUUUGGCGAGAGGUACGAUGCCAGCCGCAUGGACUGGAGCUGGUGGCAAGAGAACACCGAUGGUCAGCGUUCCAAGAUAGAUGUGACCUGCCAGGAAUGCAGGCAUCGCUCUCGCGGCACGAUGUUGAUGAGCCUGCAACGUGGCUAUUCGCCCAGAUGCCUUUGUGCCAGAAGACGGAAGGCAAGCUGA